GAGACUCAUGGACCUCCCCCUCUUCCUCUGAUGCCAUCUGACUGCCUCCCCUUCCCAGGAGUGAGAGCCCAUCCUCGUCUUUCACGUUCCUUCCCGAAGCCAAGAGAUGGAGCCCCCCGAGGUGACCAUCAUCGAAGGUGUGGGGGACGAGGUGACGGUGGUGGCUGGCAUGGUCAUCCUCAUCACAGCCCUGGUCCUCUCGUGGCUUUCCACAUACGUCGCGGAUGGUGGCAAUCCUCUUCUGGGGGCGGUCGUGGCCGCUGGAGACUCGUCGGUGAUCCACCUGAGCCCCAUCGACCACUACGUGGGGAAUUCCGUGGUCUCUGAACACUCCGAGCCCCAGGGCGCCACGGAAGGUGCGGAAGAGAAGGCGGAAGAGGGCUCGGCCCCUGACUCAGGCCCUGCCGUCGAGCAAGGGGACAGCAGCGGUGGCUCGGACGCAACCCUAGACCGCCUGCUGGACAUUCAGGGCCUCCCCCAAAGGACCUUUCCUAGCGUGGCCGUCUCCCCGGAGCAUCAGGGCUCUCCCCAAACAGCACCUGUCCCGGAGGAGAGCGAAUCUGAUUCAGGGUUUAUCAAAGUGCGCCUCAAAUUCCUCAACGAUACGGAGGAGGUGGCCACGGUGAGGCCGGAGGACACUGUUGGCAUCCUCAAGAGCAAAUACUUUCCAGGCCAGGAAAGCCAGAUGAAGUUUAUCUACCAGGGCCAGCUUCUGCAGGACCAGGCCCGGACGCUCCGCUCCCUCAACAUCCUGGACAACUGCGUCAUCCACUGCCACCUCUCCCAGGCCGCCAUCUCGGCCAUCCCGGACGCGGCAGGGGCCCCCUCGGAGGCCGGAGGGGUGGCCCUGAACAUGGGCAACCUGAUGAUCCCCGUCUUCGUGGUGAUGCUGGCCAUCAUCUGGUACUUCCGCCUCAACUACCGCCAGCUGUUCACGGCCCCGGCCACCAUCUCCUUAGUUGGGGUGACUGUCUUCUUCAGCUUCCUCGUUUUCGGGAUGUACGGACGGUGAGCCGCCGGGGGGGAAAUGCCUCGGCCAGCUCUUAAACUCGGACCCUCUUAUUUUCGUACUUCUUCUCUCGUUUACCCUGCCAGUCAUUGGGGGGUGGGGUGGGGUGGGGGGGGAGCUCUUAUCCAGAAUUCAGCGUUAACGGAAGACAGUGAGAGGAAGUAGCCCCUCGGACUUUUCAAUUUAAAAACCACAGAAGUUCAGUAAACCUUUUCAAAGCUGUCCGGUUUGGGUGUUUUGGAAGACUGAUGGGAAAAGGCAGGCAGAGGCGGGACGGCGAUUAGGGCAGUCCCGGUUGGCUUGCUUUUGGGCUUCCCACCACCUACCCCAGGUAUCAAACACCAUCCCCAGCGACUUGAAAGCCUUGCCUAGAUGUGUUUGGAUUUCUCUCCUACCCUGGGGGGGGAACGUGGCUUCGUCUCACAGUGUUUUUUUCUAGCCACAGUUCUGAGGACCUGGAAUUCACCUAGUAUCCAGAAGUGUGUGUCAGAGAGCCUGAUUGUGGCGUAGCCUGGCUUUUGCCACUCACAUGUUUAGAGACCACCUUUGAGCCUCCCGCCAGAGGGAAGGGCUUCUAGCCAAGCAUUUGCCUCUUCUUUUGCCGCUGCUUCAGAAAACAUAGACUGAAUGACCUUGGCACAGGCUAUCCUGCUGCAUUCUACUACAACCCAUUAUGUGAGUGUCACAUAAUGAUUCCUCGCUCUCUCCCCGACAACAGCCGUGCAGCGCUAAUGCCUCCAGCCCUUCCCUGGGGGUUGAGCAGAGAGUGCCUCCCCUAUCCUCCCCUGUCCUUAGGCCACAUUCUGAAGGUGCCCGGCCAGACCUUAACUGCGUGGACUCCGCACUCAGAACCGCGCUCUCGCUCUGCCCUCUCUGCAGUCCUACGCAAAGCCGAAGAGCAGCCAUGCCACCACUUCCCGAGAGAGUUCUCAAAAACGUUGCUGACAGCUGGGACCGUUUGCACAGCAUCCUGUUUGCUGUGUAGGACGAUGCCAGCUGCAAUUCGGGUCUACCUGUCCAUUCCUCGUAAUCAGGUUACAUAGUUUGCAUGAGUGGAUGUCGUACCAGACAGUGGCCGAGGUCUUCCCCUUUGAGGAACAGCCUCCAGGGGGAGGGAUUUGCUAAGAAGUUGUCCCUUUGCUGCCUGAAGUCCAGCUGGAACUGGGUGCAGGGAUCAAGGUACUGCCUUAGGCAUCACUGCAGAGUUCAGCAACUAAAAGGCAGUCUGGGGCUGAGCUCUUUGCAGCUCGGCACCCACGGAACGAUCGAUUCUUUAGCAUCACGGCGGACUCCGGCAUCAUCUUAAGUCACGAGCCGGCCAUCUUCCCCCUCCCCUCCCCACCCCUUCCCCCAAUCUCUUAGAUACAAUCCAAGUCAAAAUAUUUUUCAAAAACCCUCUCUCUUUACUGGUGAGGAGGAGGACAUUGAAGGAAGCCCCUGCUGGAGAGGCAGCAACCCAGAAAGUCCCACCUCGGGGCCACAUGAGUUGAGGAAAAACUAACGACUAAAUGCUGGCCGCCGCUUGAAAACUCGGGCGUUUUAAGUUUAUCGAAUGGAGGUAUUCUGUAAACCUGUAAUUAAUACACAAGUGUCUGGAAAGUAUUAUAGCAAACAUCUGUGCAGAUUAAACUCACCCCUUUCCUCCCAACAGUUAGUUCCAAUUGCAUGUGAGGCGAAGAGGGGCUCCUUUAAACCGUUCUGCGGCAAGUCAGAACCUCCCGCAAGCCACCAGGCAGGCAGGCUUUUGCAGGUGGGAGCACCGCUUCUUUUCUCCUCCAGCGUGCCACAGAUGACUUGACCAGCAGGCUGAUAUUUUGGUUUUCAUUGGGGCAGAGGACAGGUGGGGAAAAGCACUAGCAGCUGUUUGACCUUUGCAAAGCAGGGUUAGUGGGCGGGGGUCUCCGUGUUCAGCACAGCUCCGUUCUUUGUGCGUGAUGACUGGAAGCAAAGCAAAAAAGACGGUCGCCCCUAUAUGCCGUUCCCCUCCACACCCCUUUCUCAGUUCACACGGAUGGCAGAGAUGGCCUUUCCGCCCCACCUGGUGGGCUAGAACACCAGCCUCCAGCCCACAGGCCGGCAACCUUGGGUGUGUCCCAGAGAGCCCCUGUAAAGUGGCUGCCGUGGGGGAAAGACCCCCCUUGCGGAAAAGUGUGGGAAAG